CAAAAAUGACGUGCCCUGGUUUUGUUAUCCAUGAUGGCAACGGUUUGAAGUUUCAGUCAGAAAUUCGAAUUAUUUUCGUAAUGUCAAAAUUGUCGUACAAUGGAAGAAAUUAUUUCUCACGUAUUGAAAUGUAUGUCCCACACAAUAAUAGUGCACGUGGUAUCUUUCCCGCAUUUCUCCAUUGAAACCUUUUUGGCUGGGGUAGUCUGUGUGGUGCACUGUUUGCUGAUGUUCGAAAUCAACACCCUGGUUUAUAAAACCAACGCUAUAUCGACGGCAAAAUUAAAAUUUCUGUUACCAUUAAAAGAAGUGGAAGGCUCUACUUCAGUGCACAGCGUAGUUCUUCAAAAGCACGCCUUAAACAACAUGGACAGUAGAAUGUGCAACGCUUACAAAAAAGAACGACGGAAACUCAGCACUACAACGGGAAUUUCGUUUUCCUCCCCGCAAUCCAAAGAGAAGCACUGUUACGACAGAAUCGAGCAAAUUCUGUCUAUUACGCCCAGCCAAUACAUCAGAAGGGACAAAGAACGCAGAAUGAAGGAUCAAGGGUUAAAGACCUGCAUCCACUCUUUGACAUCGCUUCUUGAACAAUCCUUGCACAAAGAUAACAUGAUCCUGAGCAGGAUGUCCAAGGAAAACAUAAGAAAGAACAUUUUCGCUUUGAAAGAUUUCGAUAAAAACAACAACUCCACUCUCCCUCUGCACAUAACGUCCGGGGGAGAAUUUCCGAGUCAAACCUUCCCCAGCAUGACCUCUAUUAGUUCGGGGAAAAAACAGUUUAUUUUCAACAAAUAUGCCUAUGAGGAUUUCACUAUAGAUUUGAACACAACUUUCAACAACCCAGAAAAUAACAACGACAAAGAUGAAGAAGAAACUAACUACUGCAAGCAGGAGUACUAUGAAGAACGAACCGAAAAUAUUAUUUGCACCGAUCUCGAGCAUCUCUGCAAUGAAAACACCAUUUCAAUUAUUCCUUGUUCAAUUGGAGACCAACCUAUGCCGAUUUUCGCCACGUAGUUUUUGGAUAUUGUAAGAGCCAAUAGAAUUUUCUGAAAUUUAAAUAUUUUUCAUAUACCUAGUCGUGUCCAUGAUUAUUUUAAAUAAACCUUUGAUUUUACAAUAAAUGAAAUUAU